AUGAAUUUCGAACCUUGUGAGUCCUUGGAGUUUCCCCCGAGUGCAUUUACCAAAAGAGAAGAAGAGACUUUUGAGGACUACACGGCUGUUACGGACUGGGAGAGAUUCAACAGUCGCUUUUGUCUAGUGUUUCUUUUACCUCAUCUGGAUACCUCUGUGGCCGGUUGUAUUUCGGCGAACGGGAGUUCCAACUGGUCUACCUCAGCCACCCGUCUGGCGAUGGCAGUAUUCUACAAGAGCGUAGACGUUGGUUUCCUCCGUUUCUGUAUCGAUUCUAUCCAAUUAGGUUCUUCAGUACCCCAUAUCCUGGAUGCGAGCGAUAACAUAUUUGAUGGACAUCUUGCCGCUCCAAUUGCAUGCUUUGGUCUAACUCAAGCUUUGGUACUCCGUCCGACCGAGGGCGAAAUCUCCGGUGCCACACGGCUACAUCUGUUGCUUAGCUCAGUGGAAAUGGCCGUGCAUGCCGUCCGGUGCAUCUUGAAACCAGAGGGUGCGCCAGAAUGGUAUUUGCAAUUGUUUCUCGGGACGUCGCACGCAGAUAGACUCAGUUCUCGUCUCAAGUGCUUCUCACAAGCCUGUCUACAUGUGCCCGAACCCCAAGCCCGUCGUCCACACACUCGAACGUUUUCCACCAUAACUUCCCGAAUUUCCUGGCUUGGUGCCGAUCUUCCACGCUUGCGGAACCUGCUUCGCGGUCAUUCACUGCCUGCUGCACACCAACCCAAAUCAUCUCCUGACACUCCGGAGUACAAGCUACUUGGAGAGCAAAUUAUUCACCAUUUACUGUUUCUUUUCCCUGACGCAGAUGCCAACUUUUCCUCUUCUUCAACCAUGGCUAAUGAACUGACCCAACAGUCGGCCUGUGCAGAUCAGCCUGAGCUGCUCGACUGGUCUCGGUAUCAACAUCGAGCGUCUCGCGAAGUACGUUUUAUUAUUGGGUUUUGGAAUCUUGCCAGAUUGUGUUAUACUCCCAUUUAUGUACUGUAUUUCUUUUUUUCCGUACAGGUUGCUCAGCUCGCUAGCCAACUAAAUCUUCCACCUGCCACAAGUUUGACACAUCGCCUAGCCGUCCUUCUAUGUAAUUUGAACUACCUCCAGCCGAACCAGUCUUCAGACAGUCAGCUGGAGAUAAUGUACAAUGAAUUCCUGUUAGAACUGAAGCUGCGUCUGGAUCGACGGAUUAACUUACCCACAGCGAAGGCUUUCGAGGAAUCGGAACAGCACUCGAUUGCGCUUGAUCCAGGCGAAAGGGAUGACCGCGCUCCCACUGCAGCUUUCACUUCCAGGCAUAAUUUUUCUGCCUUCUCCGAUCGGGAACGUUGCAAUCUUCAUUUGAUACUGGAGCAUUUCAAUUUCUACAUUGAGAAAGCACGUACUUCCUCUUCCCCAAGUGACUCGGAAUUCCAGGACACACAAGACGUAGUGAAGAAAGAAGAGGAUAUGGAGGACAUCGGUACUGAACCUGCAGAUGAAGAUGAGUUUUUCGAUGCGAGUGAAGACACUCCGGCUGCCAAGUUGGAACCAUUUUCGUCGCCAGAAGAGGAAUUUCCCGACUUGGGUAUUAUUUCUCCAGAUGAGGCUUCUGAGGAAGCACGGUCUAUUCUCCAAUGGCUACACUCACUGGAUCUAACUCGACUUCUUCGUCUACUGAUGCCCAGUGUGUGUUUGGAGGCUUUGAUCACUUUCCACUCUUUGAGUACGUACGCAGAUAUUCCGUUUGAAUCACAUGGCUGGUUGAGAAUUUGUUUGGCAACUUGGCCAUUCUUACUUACUCUGAUUGUUCACACCGGUUCAUCAACAAUUGUCAAGUGA